AUGUGUUUUGGAUUCACACAAUACUUCAUUAACGCUAGGGGAGAUGAGUACUGGCCUCUUGUGAUGGACAUUGCCUGCAGAAACAGUCUCGCCAAAAUAAAACGGUGUAUGCCUAUUAUGGGUCAUAGUGAGACAGAUGAGCUCAGUGCAGCUCACGUUCUGUAUGUAUGUAUGCAAUGUGCCGACCCUUUGUUCCUAGAGGCAGAUAUUUGCCAGCUUGGGAUGGAUCAGCAAACAGUGAAUCUGCUAGCACGAGACUACUGUGAUGAGACUGAGAGGGGGAACAAACCUGUCAUCUUGUCUCACCAUAUGCUUCCGACAAAGAUGUCUAAGAAUGAUCCUUCAUCUGCCAUCUUCAUGGACGAUGAUGAGGGUGAAGUUAAUAGGAAGAUAAAAAAGAAAGCUUACUGCCCUCCGAAGAUUGUGGAAGGUAACCCAUGCCUGGAAUACGUCAAAUACAUCAUUCUACCAUGGUUCAAUGAGUUCACUGUCGAACGAGAUGAAAAACACGGUGGUAACAAGACCUUCGAUAACUUUGAAAACAUUGCUGCUGACUAUGAGAGCGACAAGUUGCACCCUAUGGAUCUGAAGAACGCUCUGUCGAAAGCAUUGAAUAAUAUACUGCAACCUGUCCAUGAUCAUUUCAAAACUAACAAUCGUGCCAAGAAUCUGCUCAAACAGGUAAGAAAUCUAUCUUUUCAAGUUGUUGCAACGGAGCUAUACAAGGAGAUGGAGGCUCUUUCCGUCAACGCACCUUCCUCAGCUGCCGGUUUACAGAUGAGCGAAGAGGCAGAGAGAAAAUACAAUAUUGCGAGGAGUAUUGGCGAGGAAUGCAUACAAGAGGAUGAGCUAAAGAAUAUGUUAGCCAAGAAGCCUACUCCAAUCUGCUACGAUGGUUUUGAACCAUCAGGAAGGAUGCACAUCGCCCAGGUAAGAUUUUUUUUGGUGUUAAUAGGGAGUAUGAAGGUCACAAAUGUGAACAAGCUGACGUCAUCUGGUUGCCAAGUGAAAAUUUGGAUUGCAGAUUGGUUUGCUCAGUUGAACAACAAGUUGGGAGGUGACUUGGAGAAAAUCAAAGUUAUUGGUGAAUACUUCAAGGAGAUUUGGCAAGCUGGUGGGAUGAACCCCGAAAAAGUAGAGUUUCUUUGGGCUUCAGAAGAAAUCAGUAGUAGGGGAAAUAAGUACUGGCCGCUUGUGAUGGAUAUUGCUCGCAGAAACAACGUACGUCGAAUCUUGAGGUGUGGGCAGAUCAUGGGGCGUAGUGAGACAGAGGUUCUAAGUGCAGCGCAAAUCCUUUACCCUUGUAUGCAGUGUGCGGAUAUUUUCUUUCUUGGGGCGGAUAUCUGCCAGCUAGGGAUGGAUCAACGGAAAGUAAACAUGCUAGCAAGAGAAUACUGUGAUGACAUUAAGAGGAAAAACAAACCCAUCAUCUUGUCUCACCAUAUGCUUCAUGGUCUUCUUGAAGGACAAGAGAAGAUGUCCAAAAGCAAUCCAUCAUCUGCCAUAUUUAUGGAAGAUGAGGAGGAUGCUGUUAAUGAGAAGAUCAGCCAAGCUCAUUGCCCACUAAAAACUGUUGUAGGCAAUCCAUGUCUUGAAUACAUCAAGUACCUAGUUCUACUACGAUUCAACGAGUUCGUGGUUGAACAGAAUGGCGGUAACAAGACCUUCACAAGCUUUGAAGAUAUUGCUGCGGAGUACGAGAGUGGCGAGUUGAGUGAGGAAGAUUUGAAGAAAAAAGCUUUGAUAAAAGCGUUGAAUAUAAUGUUGCAACCUGUUCGUGAUCAUUUCAAAACCAAUGAGCGCGCCAAAAAUCUACCGGAACAAGUCAGGGCUUUUAGAGUCACCAGGUGAAGCUGCAAACGGAAAGAAGCAAAAACUUGUGUUCAUCGUUGGAGUCUUUCUUAAGGAUUUUUGUUACUUGCAAUUAUGUAAAGUUCUCUUUUGUUUUCGAGAAGAACUUAGCCUCUGAUUGGUGCUUAAUAAACUAACUUUGCAUAUAUACUGUCUUAGCAGACAAGAAUUUUAAAUUAUAAUGAUAAGUGAAAAAGGGACUGGAG